AUGGCCCCCCGCGCGCUUGCCACCCGCCAGACCUGCUGCUGCUUUAACGUCCGCAUCGCCACCACUGCCCUGGCCAUCUACCAUGUGAUCAUGAGUGUAUUGCUGUUCAUUGAGCACUCAGUGGAGGUGGUCCAUGGCAAGGCGUCGUGCAAGGUGUGGCAGACGGGCUACCUCAGGCUCGCCAACCUGAUCUCCAGCUUCCUGCUCAUCACCAUGCUCUUCGUCAUCAGCUUGAGCCUGCUGAUCGGAGUGGUCAAGAACCGGGAGAAGUACCUGUUGCCCUUCCUGUCCCUGCAAAUCAUGGACUUCCUGUUGUGUCUGCUCACCCUGCUGGGCUCCUACAUCGAGUUGCCCGCCUACCUCAAGUUUGCCUCCCGUAGCAGCCGGGGCCCCUCCAAGGUCCCAUUGAUGACCCUGCAGCUGCUUGACUUCUGCCUGAGCAUCUUGACCCUCUGCAGCUCCUACAUGGAAGUACCCACUUAUCUCAACUUCAAGGCCAUGAACCACAUGAAUUACCUCCCCAGCCAGGAGGGUGUGGCUCACAGCCAGUUCAUCAAGAUGAUGAUCAUUUUCUCCAUCGCCUUCAUCACUGUCCUCAUCUUGAAGGUCUACAUGUUCAAGUGCGUGUGGAGAUGCUACAAAUUCAUGAAGUACAUGAACUCAGCCGAGGAGAGGAGCUGCUCCAAGAUGCUGCAGAAGGUGGUCCUGCCAUCCUACGAGGAAGCCCUUUCCCUACCGUACAAGAGUCCAGAUGGGGGCCCAGCACCACCUCCCUACUCAGAGGUGUGACACCUGCCAGGCCCCAGCCCCAUGCUGGGAGGGGCGGAGCUGUCUCGCAAUCCGCUUCUCUGCUUUGGUGGCCCCUGCAGCCGGGGUGAACCACCCGGCUGACCUCAGGACAACCCGCUUGUGUCCCCCUCGCUGGCCUGCUUUUCCCAUGGGGCCUGGGAGAUGAUCACAACUGGGUCAACUUCAGGUCGAAAGACUUCUUGAGUCUCUUGGACAUUCGGUCCAACAGCCCUCGGCUUAUUGUGAUCAGCCCCAACAUUUGUUUAAACCGUUCGUCAUUCCCAAUUCAGUGGGUUUGGUUAAACAACUUGCAACUUGACCUGUGUGACCAUGUGGCCAGAAAUGAAAAGCACACUUCUCAGUGCAGGGAACCAGUUUAGUCAGACCGCCACAGUCUGUUGCAUUGGUUUUAGACAGUUGUCCCUUCCCAGGGCAAUGCGGCCAAGUCAUCGUCCCUGGGUCCUCCCCACUAAAUACAUACGUCUGAUUUCUUCAAAUUGCUGGGUUCAACAAUUAUGGACAGCCAACCACCAGUCGAUUCAAAGCAGGGAUAAAAUUUAAUA